GAGACCCCACAAUCUAUCUCCGUGUUGAACUUGUACCGUCCCUUAUGCAUGCAGGAGAGGGACAGAGAGAGGUUUUGAAGGCUGAAGAUUGACCGCGAAUUAAAGGAAAGAAAAAUGCGGUUAGGAAUUCAAUAGCUGAAGAAAUAAUAGAGUUGUGACAUUCUGGAAAGAAAGGUGAGGUUUUUGGUGUUUCUUCGUCUUUCUAGACAAUUCAAACGGAACGGAAGUUGCUACAUUUGCUCCCUUAAUUUUCGUUAUUUCGUGUGUUCAUGGAUAAACUUUAGGUGUAGGUAUAAUCAUUUUUUUCUUCUUCUUCUCUCUCUCUCUUUUUAAGUUAAAUCAGUUCAUUACGAUCAUUUUUUAUAGAAUAUCGUUAACUUUUUUGAGUUCAUUGAUCUACUUGACGAUCUGGAUUUUGCUUUUGGAAGUAAUAGGCCGUCUGGGUUUGCUUUUAGAAGUGAUUGGUAAUCGGACUUAUGCUCAAAACCUAGCCAGACUGUUAGGUUUUGCUGUAGACGAGGUUUAUGAACUGAGAGUGGAGAGUGCGUGGCCUUUGGGGUCUGGUUGGUAAAAGUUUGGUGAUUUGAAAAUUUCUUCAAGUUAUGAAACUCGGGUUUGGCGUAAGAUUGGAAAUUAAUCGCUGAGGUUGGAUUAAAGUUUAGCUUUUGAGUGAGAAUUGAGUGGAUUUUGUGAAUUCAUGAACGAUUUCGAUAUACGAAAGAUUUAGAUGGCAAGCACGGCGCCAUCUCCGGAUUCAUCUCCCUCUACCGUGCCACCACCUUCGACCACUAUAUCUCCUUCAACCAGUUCUCCACCGCCCCCCACCACUUCGUCACCACCUUCGACCACUAUAUCUCCUUCAACCAGUUCUCCACCGCCCCCCACCACUUUGUCACCACCACAAUCAUCCUCCAGCACUAGUCCACCCCCACAAACUGCUUCUCCUCCAGUCCCCUCUACAACUUCCCCACCUUCUCAGACCGGUGCUGAUCCACCGGACCCUAACCCUUCAACUUCACCCCCUCCGCCCACAGCACCAAAUAUCGUUAACUUUUUUGAGUUCAUUGAUCUACUUGACGAUCUGGAUUUUGCUUUUGGAAGUAAUAGGCCGUCUGGGUUUGCUUUUAGAAGUGAUUGCUACCUUCAUCCGGACCGUUGGCACGGUCACCCAUUCUUCAGCCUCAGCCCACGGCACCGCACACGCCAUUUACCACCCCCAGCUUCUGGAACUUCACCCCCAUUGGCACCUACAUCACCUCCUCCUCAAUCUGAUGCACCUACGUCACCACCCCCAUCUUCUGAGACUUCACCUCCAUUGGCACCUAAAAUAUCACCUCCUCCUCCACCUCCAUCAAGUCCCACUUCUCCACCACCACCAACACCAUCAAGUCCUCCAAAAAGUUCUCCUCCACCACCUGCAGACCCUAGCCCCCCAAUCUCACCUCCUCCUCCAUCAGCACCACCGGUGAAGUCGCCUCCACCACCAUCAAAGCCCCCUCAAAAUCCACCACCACCACCACCACCAUCCAAGCCACCCAAAAAUUCACCUCCACCACCAGCAUCAGGACCCUCGGGUAAUGCACCUCCACCGCCUGGGCUUACUCCUCCUCCACCCGUUUCUGAUCAAACUCCACCUUCAAGUUCUCCUCCAAAAUCAUCACCCCUUCCACCCAUGGCGCCACCUCCUCCUGCAUAUGUUUCUUCCCCAUCUCCUGGUAACAAUCCAAUCCCACCAUCAAAUGAUCCAGAGACCAACGGUACUAGUCCUAAUGGAGUCGAAAAAUCAAACUCCACCAGUAGUGGAAGCAUUGGUACCAUUCGUAUAGUGGCUAUUGGCGUAGCAGCGGGAAUCAUAGUUCUUAGUCUCAUUGGAGUGGCUGUCUGGUGCAUGAGGAAGAAAAGAAAACAAUAUUCCGGACUUGGCGGCUAUAUCGUGCCAUCCCCUCUGGUCUUCUCUGCAAAAUCAGAUUCAUCCAUUACAAAGACACAUUCUUCAGCUCCCCUUGUACAAAGUGGUUCAAGCAGUCAUUUUGUGUAUUCUCCCCCAGAACCAGGUGGAUUGGGCAAUUCAAGGUUAUGGUUUACAUAUGAAGAACUAUUCAAGGCCACAAAUGGGUUUUCAAAUCAGAAUCUACUGGGUGAAGGUGGAUUUGGUUCUGUGUAUAAGGGAUACCUACCAGACGAGAGGGAGGUAGCAGUAAAGCAGCUAAAAAUUGGUGGGGGACAGGGUGAGCGAGAAUUUAAGGCUGAAGUUGAGACUAUCAGUCGCAUACACCACCGUCAUUUGGUUUCAUUAGUCGGCUACUGCAUUUCUGAGAAUCGAAGACUGCUUGUCUAUGACUAUGUUCCAAACAAUACCCUUUAUUUCCAUCUUCAUGAUGAAGGCAGGCUGGCUCUGGACUGGGCAACACGUGUUAAGGUUGCUGCUGGUGCAGCUCGUGGAAUUGCAUAUCUCCAUGAGGACUGUCAUCCUCGAAUUAUUCACAGGGAUAUUAAGUCAUCAAAUAUUCUUUUAGAUAACAACUUUGAAGCUCGGGUUUCAGACUUUGGGCUUGCCAAAUUAGCUCUUGAUGCAGACACACACAUAACCACCCGUGUCAUGGGAACUUUUGGAUAUAUGGCCCCUGAAUAUGCAUCAAGUGGAAAACUGACCGAUAAAUCUGAUGUAUACUCCUUUGGAGUUGUGCUGCUGGAACUCAUUACUGGAAGGAAGCCUGUGGACACAGCGCAACCCUUGGGAGAUGAGAGUCUAGUUGAAUGGGCCCGACCUUUGCUAAGUCAUGCACUUGACAAUGAAGAAUUUACAGAUUUGGCAGAUCCAAGGCUCAACAUGAACUAUGUUGAGAGUGAAAUGUUCCAUAUGAUUGAGGUAGCUGCUGCUUGUGUACGACAUUCAGCUAUCAAGAGGCCGCGAAUGGGACAGGUGGUUAGAGCCUUUGAUGGUUUAGCUACUUCCGAUCUAACCAACGGAAUGAGAGUGGGGGAAAGUGAGGUAUUUAACUCUGCACAACAGUCUGCAGAAAUUAGAUUGUUCCAAAGAAUGGCAUUUGGUAGUCAAAAUUACAGUACAGAUUUUUUUAGCCAAAGUAGCCUGGAUAGUUAAAGAGGAUGUGGUAAAUAUUGUGAGAGAUUAUAGAAUUAAACCAGGAGGGCUUGCCAAGCCGGGUUGGAGCCUUGUUCAAGUUUAUUUAAUUGGAGUCUGGCUCAACCAAGAGUGUACUUAUCGCCCAUCAAUCAAUAGACAUCAUCAGCUGUAGAGACUGAAACCCCUUGAUUCUUGAAGCUCGGUUCUUUUUUAGCUCCAAUACGUAUGGGGCUUUUGUACUUCUGUAUUUUUUGUAUAAUCAAAGAUGAAAAUCUGUUUCCACAGAUAGUGUUAAUGAAGCUAUUUUUCAGUUUUGUCA